AAAAAUCAACUACCAAAAAUCAAGUGCGAGCGAUGACCGUGGUGACGGGAGCAGCUUUCAACAUUAAUGUCUAUAAGGGGGUGGUGGUUGUGGCGUGUUUUUACUAAAUUAUACAAAUCAGCUUUACCUCAAUCUCAAGCUAGUUGCAGUCAUACAAUCUUAUAUAUUCAUUUUGCUCUAAUGGUGCUCAUUUCAUUCCAAUGCUAAAAAUUUUACUUUUUAAGCAAGGUCGCUUGAACUCUUCAAAAUUUUCCAGGUACGUGUCGAAUCCUCCAAAAGUAGUGCAUUUUCUGAGGAUAUGGCGCGGGGGGUGCAUCAACAUUUUUGGAUAGUCCGAGUAACAUAGAUUUUAAGACAUAUUAGGGGUUCUCUAUGAUAAUCAUUUAGGAGAGAAGUUCAAUAUUGAUUGCAGAAUGCUGAAGGCAAAGCUUAUUCUUGAUAUUUCUAAGAAUGCAAAGAUCUAUUGGUUUAGGACAAAGAAUGUAACGUAGCAUUUCGUGUUGUGCUCCUUUUUAAUCUAUCUUAUUUUUCCACUUGUUGCGUCAAAGAAAGAUAACCUUAUAAGAGAGAGAUAAGAGAAUAUUGAUUUUGACAUUUGAAAGCAGCACAAACGUGGAUGCCUAGAAGAGUACUUGAAGAGUAGGGUUGACUUAAUAAUUGAUAUUCAAGUUGGACAAGAAUUAUCAAUUGUUCAAGAAAAUGUAAGUUUAUUUACUUACCAACAUUACCAAAUUACUUAAACCCAUCUAUUAGACUUUCAUAAUAAAAAUUGUUUAUUACUGCCCAUAUCUCUAUUAUUUGUCAUUGGCAAAGGGAGAGUUAAUUUACAGAGAAAUUCAAUUUUGAAUGAUUCUAUUGGAUGACAACAUUAUGAUUGGAAUACUCUUAAGUGACUGAUGAUAAUUUACAAUGCUGUAAAUAUGGUGUAAUGCUGCAAAGGAAAAACUAUUAACUUUAUGUAUAAAAAAUACGUAUUAGUUUAAGUACUUGGAAUUUGGUUUUAUUAAAUUUUACUUAUUUUCUUGUAGAAUAUUAACUUUAGAGAGUCCACUAUACCUAUCGACUAGCUAACCAUUUUACUCUUUCCUUGAGAUAAUGCGUAUUAGCAUGUAAAGAUAUCCAAAACCUUCUUCAACAUGUAACUCUCUUUGGUGCUUCGUGUGGGGUAUUGAAGUUGUUAUGCAUUAGAUAGAUAACAAAUCCCUCUUGCAUGUAUGUGUAAUCCCCUAAUGUUUAUCAGCACAUAUGUGGGUUCUAAUUUAGUGUUUAAGUGUCUAUGGAAUUUAAUAUUUUAAUUACAUUGGACGAAUCUUAUCCAGUACUAUGCUGCUGUUGCUAUGAAGACGUCCAGUUAUUUGCUUCAUCUUCAAUAAAUUGAAUCUAGAAUGACUCAAUUUAGUACAGAUGUAAAAGUAUCUCUUGUCAUCGCUUUUUUUUCUUCUACAUUUUCUCUUUUUUAUCAAAUAGAAUAGUAGAGCACAAUUUGAAAAUGGUUCUAGUCAGUGUCACUCGGUUUUCUAUCCCGCUCUUUUGCAGGGACUGAUUUUGCCAAGAUGCUGCUUGAUUCAUGCUGUAGCCUUUUGAUUCUUUUACAAUUCAAGUGAACUGAAUUAAAGUUAAAUCAUGAUGGGGUGCCUUAAUCAGCAGAAUGAAGUCCAUUCUCCAUUUUCAGAACCCAAGGAUUGUACGAAAUUGGUGCCUUUAAAAGGUGCCUUAGCAUGUAUGGUAAAUUCCGAAAUUGGUGCUGUUUUGGCCGUUAUGAGGAGAAAUGUAAGGUGGGGAUUUCGUUAUGCUGAUGAUGAUGAUCAACUAGAGCAUCCUCUCAUCCAUUCUUUCAAGGAAUUGCGGAAAAAUAUCUUCUCAUGGAUACAUCAUUGGAACAGUGUUGAUCCGCUCAUAUAUCUACAGCCCUUCUUGGAUGUGAUUCAAUCUGAUGAAACUGGUGCACCAAUAACUGGUGUCGCAUUGUCAUCUGUUUACAAAUUCUUAACCCUUGAAAUAAUUGAUUCAGCUAUCUUGAAUGUGGACAAAGCUUUGCAUCAGAUAGUUGACACCGUAACAAGUUGCCGCUUUGAAGUGACUGAUCCUGCCUCCGAGGAAGUGGUGCUGAUGAAGAUACUUCAGGUUCUUUUGGCUUGCAUGAAAAGUAAGGCAUCAGAAAAUUUGAGUAAUCAUCAUGUGUGCAACAUUGUAAACACUUGCUUUCGGCUUGUUCAUCAAGCUACUGCCAAAAGCGAACUACUGCAGAGAAUAGCAAGACACACAAUGCAUGAGUUGGUGAGACAUAUUUUCUCUCACCUGCCUAACAUUGACAGCAGAGGGCAUGAAUUUGAUCAGCGAAGCAGAUUGGCUGCUGACACAGAGGCAGGCGAAAAACAACAUGACAAUGGUUGUGUUAGUGCAGAAUCGACUGGUAAGUCAGUAUCGACUGCAGUUCCUUCAAAUGCAUCAUCAGUCAGCAAGAGGGAUGAAACAGCAGACGAGAAAGCUCAAAAGGAGGAGAUUGCUUGUAACAGAGAAAAUUCUAUGAUGGAUCCGCAUGGGAUACCUUGCAUGGUGGAGAUAUUUCAUUUCCUAUGUUCUCUUCUGAAUGUGAUGGAGUCCAUUGAAAUUGGUUCAAGAUCCAACCCUAUAGCAUAUGAUGAAGAUGUUCCCUUGUUUGCGCUGGGUUUAAUUAAUUCAGCCAUAGAAGUAAGUGGUGCUUCUCUUGGAAAUCAUCCUGAGUUAUUGGCUCUGAUACAGAAGGAGUUGUUCCACAAUCUGAUGCGUUUUGGCUCGUCAAUGAGUCCUUUAAUUCUUUCAACAGUUUGUAGCAUUGUUCUAAAUCUGUAUCACCAUAUGCGUACUAAGUUAAAACUACAGCUUGAAGCUUUCUUCUCUGGUGUGUUAUUGAGGAUUUCCCAAAGCAAGCAUGGAGCUUCUUAUCAGCAGCAAGAGGUUGCCAUGGAAACUCUUGUUGACUUCUGCAGGCAGCUUAUGUUCAUGCCUGAGAUGUAUGCAAAUUUUGACUGCGACGUAUCUUGCAGCAAUGUUUUUGAAGACCUUGCAAACUUGUUAUCAAAAAGUUCCUUUCCGGUCAACACUCCGCUAUCAGCUUUAAAUACGCUUGCCUUGGAUGGUCUAGUUGCCAUGAUCCAGGGUAUGGCCGAGAGAAUAAGCCAGGAUUCAUUAGUUUCUGAACAAGCUUCAGUAGAUCUGGGUGAAUAUAGACCAUUUUGGACAGAGAUAUGCAAGGACUACAGUGAUCCUAAUCAUUGGGUUCCAUUUGUUCGUAAGAUGAAGCUCAUAAAGAGGAAAUUGUUGAUCGGAGUUGAUCACUUUAACCGAGAUCCAAAAAAGGGUAUGGAAUUUCUCCAAGGAGUGCAUUUGUUACCUGAGAAACUUACCCCAAAAAGUGUAGCAUGCUUUUUCAGGUAUAUGAAUGGCAUAGAUAAGAAUCUUCUCGGGGAUUUCCUGGGAAGUCAUGAAGACUUCUAUAUUCAAGUGCUUCACGAAUUUGCUGGAACAUUUGAUUUUCGGGACAUGAACUUAGACAUAGCCUUGCGAAUCUUUUUGGAGACUUUCAGAUUGCCUGGAGAGUCGCAGAAAAUACAGAGGGUGCUUGAGGCAUUUGCUGAGAGAUAUUACGAGCAGUCACCAAAUAUUCUGGCCAAUAAAGAUGCUGCACUGUUGUUGUCAUAUUCACUUAUCAUGCUUAACACAGAUCAACACAAUACACAGGUCAAAAAGAAGAUGACAGAGGAAGAUUUCAUCCGCAACAACCGGAGAAUAAAUGGAGGAAAUGACCUCCCUCGGGAAUUUUUGUCUGAGCUUUACCACUCCAUCUGUGAGGAUGAGAUCCGGAUUAUCCCAGAUCGAGGUGCUGGUACCCCGAUGAUGGCACCAAGUCAUUGGAUUGGUCUAGUUCAUAAAUCAAGGCAAACUUCCCCGUAUAUUGUUUGUGAUCCUGGUCCUUAUCUUGAUUACGAUAUUUUUGCUAUGUUGUCUGGUCCUACAAUUGCUGCCAUCUCAGUGAUUUUUGAUAAUGUGGAGCAAGAGGAUGUUUGGAAAACAUGUAUCAGUGGAUACCUUGCCAUUGCCAAAAUUGCAGCUGCCUAUAGCUUCGAUGAUGUGUUAAAUGAUUUGGUAGUAUCUCUUUGCAAGUUCACUACCCUAUUGCUUCCAUCUUAUGUUGAUGAAUUUAUUGUUGCAUUUGCGGAAGAUGGUAAAGCUAGACUGGCCACAUUAGCAGUCUUCACAAUAGCAAACAAAUACGGUGACCACAUUCGCUCUGGUUGGAAGAACAUCCUGGAUUGCAUUUUGAGUUUGCACAAAUUUGGCCUUCUUCCCACACGUCUCUUUAAUGAUGCUGCUGAUGACUUAGAGCCUCCUGCUGAUGCGGACCCCAGGAAACCUGCUGCACUUUCUCCAUCACCAUCUCAUGUUCCUUCUUUGGCUCCAUCAAGGAAAUCAUCUGGCUUAAUGGGCGUAUUUAGCCAACUGUUAUAUCUUGAUGCAGAAGAACCUGCACCACAGCCAACUGAAAAACAACUUGCCGAACGUCAGCAGACUCUUCAGACGAUUCAGAGUUGUCAAAUUGAUAGCAUCUUUGCUGAGAGUAAAUUUUUGCAAGCAGAAUCCCUGUUGCAGCUUGUUCGCGCCCUUGUGUUGGCUGCGGGCCAGCCUCGCAAAGGAACUAACUCUCUGGAAGAUGAAGAGACUGCAGUAUUUUGUCUAGAGUUGCUUAUUGCUAUCUCAAUAAAUAACCGGGACAGAAUAAUGCUUCUUUGGCAGGUUGUUUAUGAUCACAUAGCAAGUGUUGUCCAUUUGACAACAAUGCCGUGUACUUUGGUAGAGAAGGCUGUCUUUGGUCUGCUUCGCAUAUGCCAAAGGUUGCUUCCUUACAAGGAAAAUCUGACAGAUGAGCUCCUCAAGUCUCUGCAACUUAUCUUGAAGCUUGAUGCUCGGGUUGCUGAGGCGUUUCUUGAACAGAUAACCCAGGAGGUUAUGCACCUUGUCAAAGCAAAUGCUAUGCAGAUACGAUCACAUACGGGCUGGCGGACAAUUAUAUCUCUGCUUUCUUUUACUGCUCGGCAUCCAGAAGCAUCUGAAACAGGAUUCGAGACACUAUCAUUCAUCAUGCAUGAUGGGGCCCACCUCUUGCCUGCUAAUUACAUCCUCUGUUUGAAUGUGGCAGCUCAGUUUGCCGACUCCCGCAUCAGAAAUGUUGAUCAAUCUGUGAGAUCUUUAGACCUGAUGGCUGGAUCACUUGUUUCUCUGAUUAGAUGGUCUCACAAGGCGAAGGAGGCACUUGGGGAGGAGGCUGCUAUAAAAAUGACCCAGGAUAUAACGGAGAUGUGGCUAAGGCUGAUACAAGGACUCCGAAAAUUUUGUUUGGACCGGAGAGAAGAGGUUAGGGAUCACGCCAUCUUGAUGUUGCAGGGGUGCUUGACCGGAGUUGAUGGGAUUCUUAUCCCGAAAGAAUUGUGGUUGCAAUGUUUUGAUCAGGUGAUAUUUACAUUGCUGGAUGAAUUACUCAAUCUUGCCCAGAAGAGUUCUGUGAAGGAUUACAGGAGCACUGAAGAAGCAAUUGUUUUGGCCCUGAAGCUCAUGUUCAAAGUGUUUUUACAGUCUUUGCAGCAUCUUUUCCAGUUGACAUCCUUCUGCAAACUAUGGUUAGGGGUAUUGGGUCUAACAGACAGAUGCACGAAGGUGAAAUUCAAAGGGAAAAGGAGUGAGAAGAUCCCUGAACUCAUUCCCGAGCUCCUAAAGAACACUCUACUUGUCAUGAAAACAAGUGGAAUUCUGGUGCCAAGUGAUCCCAGCGGAGGAGACAGCUUCUGGAAGUUAACAUGGUUGCAUGUCCACAAUAUAUGCCCAUCCCUUCAAUCAGAAGUAUUUCCCACUAAUGAAUUAGAGCAGUUGGAAAAGCAGCACGUCCAAGCAGGUUGUAGUCCUCUUGCAGAGGGAAAUGUUCUCAUCUCCCCCUAGUAAUAGCACAGCUUGAAGAUAAAGUUCCCGUCGAGAGGGCUUUCGUAUAGUGAAAUUGACAUAUUCUUUGUUGGCACCAUCAUUAGCAUAAUUAGAUGGUGAAUUUUGCAGCUGAGAGCCGUUAAGCUUAACAGAUCUAUUGAAGCACCAUUUGGGAGCUGCAGGAGCAAAUCCAGUAUCAGCUUCUUCACUGUUUCCUUUGGUUUACAGUUCUGAUAUCUUCAUCUGAAAGCUUUAUAGUGCUUUCAUUUCACUCUUUAAAAGGCAUAUAUGCAGCCCUGUUGGCUGUCGAUACAAGAUUUAAGGGGGUUACUUUAAUGCAAUUUUGUGCCUCCAUCGCGGUACCUGUACUUAAGUCUGAUAGUUGUUACCAUUUUGGCUGUACAAUACUAGCAUACUAGUACCAAAUAGUGAUUGAUAGAACAAAAUGAUCCGAUCAGGUCGAUACACAGUUUUCUUGAAAUGAUAUGUUCCGAUUAACUAAGAA